GUCACAUGAUCUGCCUGAAGAAGGUGUGGCCUUCAAUUGCUCGCAAUAGUUGGCCUCGUCUGAACACUGUUUUAGAAGCUCAUUGAUUCAGUGAAUGCGCAAAAGAAAUUUCCCUGUUCAUGAGAAGCAUUUCAAUGUACUGACGUUUCCCACAAAAAAUGGCUGAAGAAAUUGUGAUCCAAAAAUCUGAUCCUCUUCCCAUAAAGAAAAAAUCUGCCAAAGUCUGUCGUUAUUUCAAAAAGGGCUUUUGUGGAUAUGGAGAAAAAUGUUUAUACAAUCACAGUUUGCCUAAACGAUCUUUUCCGUCUAACAAUCCAUCUGAUGUUCAAAACUGCCCUUUUUAUAAAAGGGCGUCGUGUAAAUUUGCUUCUAAAUGCUGGUAUAAACACAUCAGACCAAAAGGCAAAGUCUAUCCAAAACCUGAACUGUUAAAUCAAUUCAUUGUGGUCGGUCCAGCUCGAAAAGAACCUCAAAAAACAGAGGACAUGCCAGCCACUGUCGAAGAUUCUUCUUUAGCUAUGCCUGCACAAGAAACAAAAACCCACAGACAUUUUAAAAGACCACAGAAUCAACAGGUUGUUCCCAAGAAUUGCUUUUGUUAUGAAAAGAAAGGGGCAUGCUAUUAUGGAGAAAAGUGUUGGUAUAGUCACAAUGAACCACAAAAACUUCCAGCAGAUGAACCUCUAUACGAAGCAAAUCCAGAGCCUGAACCAGACCCCGAUCACACCAAGAUGUGUUAUAACUUCAUUUUUACAGAAUGUGAAUUCGGAGAUGAAUGUCUCUACGUGCACGGGGAUAUUUGCCAAUUCUGUGACCUUGCUUUUCUGCAUCCUUUUGACAAGCAGCAACGAGAAGACCAUCUCAGAGCGUGCGAGGCUUUCUUCCUCGAGGACAUGGACAUUGCGUUCAAAUUCAUGAUCAGCAAGGACAAGAUGUGCGCGAUUUGCUUGGAAUACGUUUGGGGAUCAAACAAGUUAUUUACCAGACAGAAAUUCGGCAUUCAAGACAGCUGCAAUCAUAUUUUUUGUCUGGACUGCAUCCGCAAAUGGAGAGAUGUCAAACGGAGAGCAAGCCAGCCGAAACUUUGUCCUGCAUGCCGGACGGAAAGCCUUGUCGUCGUGCCAAGUGGACGAUGGUUCGAAAGUGCAGAAGAAAAAAAGCAGUGGAUAGAUGCUUAUAAAGCCAACGUCCGUCAAAAACUUUGCAAGUUCUAUAAGAAAGGGAAAUGCUCGGAUAGAGAAAAGUGUCUCUAUAUUCAUCCGGGGCCUGUUCAAUAUAUUUCAGAAGAGCAAAAUGGAGAAAUUUGGCAAAAUAUCGAUCAAGAGGAGAAUUGGGAGUAUGUGCAAUCGCAUAAUGAAUUAGCAUCUGGUGAUCAAGAGGGUAUUGCCAAUCUGGAAGACGCUAUCGAUGCUCGAGAUAGACAGAAUAUUCAGGAUUCAGAGACCAGGGAUGAUACCUCAGCAGAAGACAGGACCAACGAAGAUUUAGUUUUGCAAUCAGGAGAGCAAAUAAUCCUAAGUAAUUUGGCAGACGAGCAUCAAUUUGAUGAUAGUUUGGGGCAAGUAAACAUAAUUGAGGAGGCUGAUGAGCAGAAUAUAGCAAGACAGGUUCUACGAGAUCCAGAGGAUCGAUCCAAUGAAGAUUUGAUUUUGCAAUCUGGAGAGCAAGUGAUCCCUAGUAAUGUAGUGGACGAGCAUCAAUUCGAUGGUAGUUUUGGGCAGGUAAACAUAAUUGAUGAUGCUGAUGAACAGAAUACAGCAAGACCGGUUGUAGGAGAUCCAGAUAAUCCACCAGAGGAUCAAUCCAAUGAAGAUUUGGUUUUGCAAUCAGGAGAGCAAGUGAUCCCUAGUAAUGUAGCGGACGAGCAUCAAUUCGAUUUUAGUUUUGGGCAGGUAAACAUAAUUGAUGAUGCUGAUGAGCAGAAUACAGCAAGACAGGUUCUAGGAGAUCCAGAUAAUCCACCAGAGGAUCAAUCCAAUGAAGAUUUGGUUUUGCAAUCAGGAGAGCAAGUGAUCCCUAGUAAUGUAGCGGACGAGCAUCAAUUCGAUUUUAGUUUUGGGCAGGUAAACAUAAUUGAUGAUGCUGAUGAGCAGAAUACAGCAAGACGGGUUCUAGGAGAUCCAGAUAAUCCACCAGAGGAUCAAUCCAAUGAAGAUUUGGUUUUGCAAUCAGGAGAGCAAGUGAUCCCUAGUAAUGUAGCGGACGAGCAUCAAUUCGAUGGUAGUUUUGGGCAAGUGAACAUAAUUGAUGAUGCUGAUGAGCAGAAUACAGCAAGACAGGUUCUAGGAGAUCCAGAUAAUCCACCAGAGGAUCAAUCCAAUGAAGAUUUAUUUUUGCAAUCAAGCGAGCACAUAAGACCCAGCAGCUUGGCUGAGGAAAUGGUGGAGCAUCAGCUCGAUGAUAAUUUGGGACAGGUGGACGUAGUUGAUGUUGAUGAUCAGCAUGCUGUAGAAAGGCAGAUUGUUGGACAAGAAGAUGUUUCAUCUGGUGGAUCAUAACAAAUCUUUCGUUAUCCGAGGAAUUAAAAAAACCAAGUUGAAAAUUUGAUGAAGAGAGAAUGAGAGAGCAUUAAUUCGAACAAUUUCAGAUAGCUUUAAUUGAUAAUAAUUUAAAAUUAUUUUUAAUUUUUGAUAGACUAGAAAGAAAAACUAUGCGGACAAAAGUAUUCAUGCUGGAUCAAUGCUAAAAGAAAUGAUAAAAAUGACAAAUAUCUGAAUGAAAUGGAAUUUAUGUAACUUCAGUUAAAAAUGGAAUAGCGCAAAAGACAAAAAGGGUAGCAUAAGACAAAAGCAUAAAGCGUGGAUUAUAAAAUUAUUAAGGGAAUCAAAAUGAAUUAUUAAAAACGGAUUAUUUUAUGCGAAACAAAAAUCGACGUUUUAAAUAAUGCUUAAACAUGAACUAGUGGUUUCCACGCUACUUUCACAAUAGAAUAUUUCGUUUUGGAUAAACUUACGAAUAACGAAAUAUGGGAUUGUUAACCAAUAAAGAUUCAGGUUCUUCUCUGCGCAUUAAGCUUAUGCUGAAAUUUUAGAUUAAUCUAAAAGUACUGUCACAAAAAUAUCUAAAUUCUUUAUAUUUUAUUAUAUGGAUUCUUUAUAUUUUAAACUUUUAUAGUAAUUUUAAUAUCAUUUAGAUUGUUAAAAAAUGAAUUCUACAUUAUAUAUGAGUUUUAAAUGUAAACUUAUUCUGUCAGCAAUCUUAUCAACUUUUUUAAUAGGUUAGUAACAAAAAUUGAGACCAUAUUCGUUUUUUUUUUUUCCAAAAAAAAAAGUGUUAUAAUUAUGUUAUAAUCUUAAGAAAAUAAAC